GAGGAGGAUCAGUCCAGUUUUUCUGGAUACGAGAGCACAGGAGGUGAGUUUCUUCUUCAGUGUCAUUUGCCAUUUGAUUCUGAAACCUUUGAUUUCCCCUUGUAUUUAAAGAGUUACUUAGACGAUGAAGUGAAUUCAGACUUUUCAGAAGAUCUGAGGAAAUCAAACAUAAUUUUUGUUGUUGGUGGGCCUGGCUCUGGCAAAGGGAGCCAGUGCGAACAGUUAGCCAAGAAAUAUGGAUUUACUCUCCUGUCUAUUGGUGACCUUCUCCAAAAUGAGUUAUCAUCAUUGUCAGAGAGAAGUAAACUGAUCAAAGACAUCACGGACUGUGGUGAACCUGUGCCUGGCGGUAUUGUCCUAGAGCUACUGAAGGAAGCCAUGAUUUCCAAGUUAGGGGACACAAAAGGUUUUCUGAUCGACGGGUAUCCCCAGGAGCUAAAAGAAGCAGAAGAAUUUGAGAGCAAGAUUGGGGAACCAAAACUUGUGUUCUGCCUGGACUGCUCUGCAGAAACAAUGAGCAGUCGCCUUCUGAUGAGAAAUCAGAGCAGUCAGCAUACUGAUAGUGCCGAAACCAUCAAGGAAGGAAUCGAAAGCUAUUACCAAGCGUCAAAACCUAUGAUUGCAUACUACGAAAGGAAGACACAGUUAUGCAAGGUUGAUGCAGAAGGAACACAGGAGGAGGUUUUUCUGGACAUCUGCAAGACCAUUGACUCUUUUCUGAACAAGGAAGAGGCGGCGUUUUGUUAUCCCACAGAAGCACAGUAA